GAAUGAACGGCCUUUGAGGGCGUACAGAAGUCACCGACGAGAAAGUGAUCCCGUCAAUAUUUAAGCCUUGUUAUUAAAUUUGUGGUCAAAACACCGUGGACGGCCACUCCUGCAAUUCUCCUAAAGGACACAGACCCCAAAAGAAUCGCAGUAGAUAGAUCGGCGUCAAACUCACCUCCUUCACUUCCGAUCUUGCCUCCUCCGUAGUCUGAGGUAGGUCUGUACAUACACCAUGGUUAUUGACAGCAUUUUGUCUUCUCCUGUCCGAAGGACAGCAUCAUUCAGAAAACAAUUUUCACAGAAUGAGUUAGGUAGCUGGUCAACGCUCCUUCAAAGGCAUCGCUUCCUCUUAACAGCCCUCGUCCUCCUGACUUUCCUCUGCACUGUUUAUCUUUACUUUGCUGUCACUUUAGGAGCCAAUGAGUCAUGUUCUGGGAUGAGUGGAACUGAAAAAGCGUUGUGUCAUUUGGAGCAUGCAAAGACUUCAGUUACCCAUGGAAAAUUGAAAUUUUUUUAGCAUGUAGAUGAUAAAAACUUUCCCAAGUUUAAUUUUUUCUUGGUUCCUAUCAAUUAGUAGGAAUCACAUAUUUAAACCAUACUUCUGAAUUUGUAGUGGCAUUUGUGUUGUUGCUUAAUUGAUUGAUUGAUUGAGUUAAAUAUACAUAAUAUUUAUGUCAUGGAAACGCUGGCUUACCUUGA